GCCUCGAAGCAAAAAGGAACCCGCACGGUGGCCGCACCCUGCCUUUGCCUAUGAGUUAUCCCGAUCUAGAGCCCCUACCAUCACAAGCUUCGUGCACAAUCAGCACCAUUCAAUCGUACAAGCCUGAUCUUGUCGUUCGGUCAAAGAUGCUUGGCGGUAAAAGUCGUUGAUUCCAUCGCAGUCACGAUCACUACGCUCCGAAAGGCUACGGAGAAAUAUGAGACUAUGAAGGACGACAUAGACCUCCCGCCGGCUUUUCAUGCAGCGGGCCAACGGCCUGGCCUUGUUCGGCACACUCUCGAGAUUGUCAAAGGUCAAAUGAAAGGCAUCCGCCUCGCCGGAAAUGUUGACGACGCGAUGCGCUCGCUUGAGGAAUGCGACAAGAAGGUUAAGAUCUUGCAGGAUAUGUUCGAGCAAAUCGCUCUUCAACCGCAGACGUCGAGGCGGGCUCGCUACCUUGCCGCUGUGCGAUAGCAAGGGAUGGAAACUGCGGCGGAGAUCUUGACGGUAUAAUGGAAGCGACACUCGUCGUAGCUAGGACGGCGCUGUCAAGGAUGCGACCGAGGCGCAGGCUAAGGAAUUGCGGGGCCCCCCUACCUAGCUGUCCUCCACUAGCACCCUCACAAGCCCUCAUCGAGCAGGACCCUAAAGAUCAAUUCCGAGACGGCGCUACGCCGUGGCUCGCGGUCGUGCAACCUUCAUCCACGCCUCCGCCCGGCCAUCGACGUCAUCGGCCGGCCCACGCUCCGUCAUGAUUCCGUUACAGAAUCCUUCCAAUUGGCAUUGUUUGCCACGGGAUUGCAGGCCGACCGUCAUCG